UUCCUGCCGCUGAAUCCGCCAAUUCAAACUCCACAGUCAGAGACCUAAGUUACAGAGAAAUAAAAUAAGUAUUGACAAGAUAAGCAACCCCUCCAUCGCCUACAUGCUUCUGGACCUGUACACCUGCUUACAGCUGCAUCAAUGAAGACUUUGAAGACUUUGCCUCUGAUGUCUGUAUUUGGGUCCACCUGACUACUCACUGAUAGGACAAGAGGUUACACCUUAAACCUGAUUACUCUGAAACAAAGAAAUGAAUAUCAUCACAGAAGUUCAGCUAACUCCAGUCACAAAGGAAACACAUCCUAUAGUGCAUUGUAUUAUCAACAACAAACUCAGUGACCUUCGGAGGCUUCUAGAGGACAAUGACAUUAAUGGAGUUUACUCAUUCCAUGAGUGGAAAGACGUUGUGCCUCCCUUGACUGCUGCUGUCUCAUGUCACAACAAAGAUAUCUUUGCUUACUUACUGCAUCAUGGUGCAAAUCCAAACCAGACUUCCGGAAGGGGCCUUACACCUUUGCAUUAUGUAUCAAUUUCCAAAGCACCCCUAGUUUUUGUGAAAAGGUUGUUUGAAGCAGGAGCUGAUCCAAAUGGAUAUGACCAAGCCUUAUGGUCACCACUACAUGCUGCUGCCCAGAACAAUAGAGAUGAUGUGAUGAAAGAACUAAUCUCUGCAGGUGCAAAGAUAAGCAUUAUUCGAUCUGGACUCAUGGAUGUUAAUACUGUUAAAAGUAUGAAUAAAAAAAUAUCUGAAAUGAUACAUAAGCUUGCAUCAAAUGGUAAUACAUUUUGUUCCAAAGUAAAAUACUUUGUUGAUAUGGAUAUUGCUGUACAAGAGAAAACACCUGAAGAAGUGUUCAAACUUAAUGAGAGUUACUUGCUUGAAGAGGAUCCUCGAAACCAUCUGACCAUGAUUGAGAUACUCUUCAAUGUUAUUGGGCUAUCUGCAGAAAGUUAUCGUCAACAAAGUAUUAAAUGGCUGAAAGACACAGGAAAUCUCAUCCCCUAUGCUGCAGAUGCAGUCAAACGCUUUCCAAACAUUCCCCAGGAAUUUUUACCUGCCUCAAUUGGAUGUAUGCAUGCAGUUUUCUGUACUGUGAAGGACAUACCGAACGAGACGACAUUAGAUAUGAUCCCCCGACUACUUGAUCUACUUCAGUUGACAAAAAAUCCAAAUACACCAAAAGCUAUUCUAGCAGCACUCUAUAUGAUUAUUCAGAAAACAAAAGUCAAAAGUGGCUGGAAGCGGAAACUCGUUGAGAAAUUAUGCACAACAGUUGCUCCCUUUGUGCAGAAGGAUCAUCCCUCUGAUGUGAGAGUGUACACAUUUGGCAUACUUGCAAGCCUGCUUUCAUUUGACUAUGUGGCUGACAUCUUGACAUCAGAGAAAAUAACAUCAGUGCCUGAAGAUAUACUUACAUCUGCAGAAAUGCAAAUGAAUGACAACCUGAAAAAAAUGCUUCAAAGACUGCAGAAUCAUUUCAACAAACUCAGUUGUGAAGAAUCAACACCAAACUGUAAUGAUUUACCAGGAUCCAUGAAAAAGAAGAAGAAAAAGAAAAAAAAGCCAGAACAGCAAGAGGAGCAAAAUGAUGAAGUUUGCCCUCCUACAAAUCAUCAAACAUCAGUUCCUGUUAUGGAAUCUGUCCAAAGUUCAAAUGCUAAGCCAUUCAACACCAACACUGAUGCAUCGCUGAAAUCACAGAAGUGGCUACAAAUUAGCAAGAGAUGGAGAGAAAAAUUACAGAAGCUUGUUAACUCUGAUGAAAGUAAAGUAACCAGAGUUGGAAGCCUGAUGUAUGUGAAAGAUGAGGAAUUCCACAUAGCAAAGGGAAGUGAUGGGACAGAGGUCUUCUUGGGGCUGAGAGAUGACGGCACUGAAGUCGCAGUCAAGAGAAUGUCCAAAUUAAGUUAUCAGGUCCUGAAGAAUGAAAAAGAUUUCUUACGGCUUCCAGAGCUCGAUCACCCGUCCAUUGUGCGUUACGUUGACUUUGCAGAGGAUGAGAACUUUGGAUACCUUAUUCUUCAGCUAUGUGAAUACACCCUGGAAGAGUGGAUCACAAAUGAAGAAAACAUUCUCCCUGAAAAGAAGAGAGAACUUAUGCAUCAGGUUCUCGAUAGUUUAGGGGUGCUUCAUUGUCAGAAACCACAAAUUCUCCACCGGGAUCUCAAACCCCAGAAUGUCUUGAUUGAUGUCAGAGGGAGGGCAAGAUUAUCAGAUUUUGGCAUCAGCCGACGAUUGCCCAAAGGACAAACAACUUUACACACACGCAGUGCAGGAACCAGAUGCUGGAUGGCCAGAGAGACUUUGGAAGAAGAAGAUGCUAGCAUACCCUACAAGUGUAGCACUGAUAUACAGGUGGCCGGGAUGUUGAUGUAUUACAUCCUCUCUGGAGGACACCACCCAUUUGGCAGACGCUUCAACUGUGAGAGCAACAUUUACAAUGGGACGUACAAUCUGGAACAUGUUAAAGAUGUUGUUACAAAGGAUCUCAUUGAGAGCAUGAUCAGUGCAGAACCAAAGAAGAGACCUACAGUGGAAGAGUGUUUGGCUCAUCCCUUCUUCUGGUCAAAUGAAAGGAGGAUAGACUACAUGAAAAAGAUUGGUAAUGAGGAGGAGAUUAGGAUGUAUAAACGAGCUUGCCAGAAGCUGCUUGAUGACCUGGACCAACAUGGUGGGGAUAGAUUCUCUGGGUGGAGAAAGAAGCUGCCAUCUGAGCUGCUAGAGAAGGUGGAAGGCAAGAAGAGGAUAUACACUGACGACAUCUUGGGUUUACUGCGCUUCAUACGCAACCUCCAUGAGCAUUACGCUGAUGAUGCAGCCAGUAUUGAUCUGAUGUCAGAGUUUCCUGAUCUCUUUGGGUGUGUCUACAGUUUUGCCAAAAUCCACGGCUGGAAUUCAAGGAUCACCUUAAAACCCUUUUUCAAAAGUGAAGACAAACCCUCUGCUGCUGUAGCAAAGUCAGCAAAUGUUGAAGGAAGUCUCACUGUCCCAGUUCAAGAGUCUGGACUCAAUGACCUGAAGUGAAGUGGAUCAGAAAUGCCAAAAGAGACAAAUCAUGAGUAAUUUUUAUGCAGUUCAAAAGUGGUAAUCCAACAUUUUAAUUGGCCUGUACAUAGAGGUGCAAUUCAGUUUAUAUAUACAAGUCAAUCAUAAUGUCAUAUUCUCCCUGAAAUGCCAUGGUAAGGGCUAAGAAAGAGCUAAGCAGUGCAGUCGACUUUUGCAGUCAAUGUGAUUGGUAUAAGUGAGCACGGAUACAUGGACAUUGACAGCAAGGUUAUAACUAACCUAGGUCAUGUCCAUAUCGCUAACAUUUUUUUAUCAGAAAACUCGUGUCAUCCAAUAGUCAUCCUGACAGUUUUGUCACAAUAUUGAUAUCAAGUUAUUCUGUCAAAGAUAUUGUGACAUUUGUCUUUGUCCAUAUCCCUCAGCCCUAUUCUGAUGACUUCACCCUUACCUUAUAGCAGUGUUUAUAUAAUGGAAUUUGCAAUAUUUUUCAAGCCACUGAUUAAUGUUGGAUGGAUGGCAUGUACUACAUUUUUUACUAUUGUAUGUAUAUUGUUAUGGUGGCCUAUGCCUUGUUAAUGAAUCUGAUAACUGACCAAUCAAGUGUCUCCGCCUCUUUGGACUGCUACCUCAGUAUAAAAGGGUAAAUAAAAGGGAGUGUAAAAGAGUGUGUUAUCGUUUCAUUUAAUUUAAUCAAUUAUAAAAGACAGGGAAAUAAGUUCAAUAGGAUCGUGUGAUUGUAUUAUGUGAUGUAUUUUAUUUGUGUCUUGUGUGUAACCAUUCUGCGUUUGUGCUGCCGUCUUGGCCAGGUCACUCUUGGAAAAGAGAUUUUAAAUCUCAAUGAGUUUUUUUACCUGGUUAAAUAAAAGAUAUUAUUAUUAUUAUUACAUCUAACCUGUUAAAGAUUCUAAUCUGGGAUCAGAUUGUCCUAAAGGAGUCAGAUGGGAUGAUGAAUGUGGAACACACUGAUGUCCAAACUCCUCUUGGUGGACAGCAGCCCUCCACUGGUGUCUCUGCAUUCAGGGAGACUGUCAUUUCUGCGAUCAGUUUAUAGCGCUCGAUGUUUCCCAAAUUGUUCCUGCUACAGUGAAUGAUAAUCAUGUUGGGAUGUGCAGUGAGUUUGAUAUGUCCUGUGCUUAUUUUAGAUUAGUUUUAAUCCCUCCUGUUACCUUCAACACCUGGAUGUCAGACAGAUCUUGGGCUACCAAAUUUGUCAGGUCCUGCUUAAGUUUUGGAUCAGCUGAGGUAGUAAGGAGUUUGGUUGCUCCUCCAUGUGCUACUUAACCUCAUGUCCUCAUAUCCUCUACAACCUCUAGUAAUGUACAGUAUGUUGCCUUAUCUGCACUGGGGUACCGUGUUGUGAUGGGCCUACAACGCCCCCUCUGGUCCUGAUGAAGUAUCACACCCCUUUGCUUUUUACAUACAGGGAAAUGUCUUGAAAGCACAAACCUUUAAAGCUGAGAGCCCAGUCCAUAGAGUCCAGUUAUUUUGUCAGAGUUGUUACUGUAGGUGCUAUAGAUUAUUCUGCAAACAGUAAAGUAUCAAGCCGUGGUUUUAUUUUAGGAAGUCAUACUGAGGACUGGUUAUAGCUGAAGCCUUCUUAAACAAAACAAAACAAAAAAAUCUGUAUGUCAAAACAUGCAGAAAACUAAAAAGUUUGAUGUAAAUGUGUCAACCUGCGAUGAUAUGCUUUUCCUUUCUUUCAUACAUUUAUUUGAAAGUACUGAUUGUUGACAUACAAGCUACAAAAUGUAUGUAUACUUGGGUUUGAAAUGCCACCUCCUGUCUGUCAUAUCACACAGAAAUCAGAGCAAAUCUUUGCUCAUAACUUAGAAAUACUACUGCAGUUUGCAAGAGCAUGACAUUCAAAACAGUGUUCACUGUUUUUAGAUACAACUAAAAAUGCAGAAGUCUUAAAACAAAGUGCUUCUACUCGUAUUAACUGAAUGAUAUUACAAUUGGUAGAGGAAAAUAACAGAA